AAUCUAAAUGCAAGUUUGAGUAUAUAUUUAUUGAUUUAGUGAACAUGACAUAUUCCUCUCAAAAUUAGAAUCAUGUCCAUGUCUGGAAGCUCUAUACCCAUCACUUUAACUCGACUACCCAUCAGUUUAACAUAGACAGUUGUUUGCAAGUGUUGUAUUCAGUUGUUUUACAGCUUGAUGGCCGUCUUAUAUAAUAGAUGCUACUGGUGAAGCAGCAAUCUCAGCUCAAGUUACAAUAUUUAUUUAUAGUUCAGAUAGGUUUAGGAAACAAGAGAGGUUGAAGCCAUGGACAUAAUGUUUUCUACAAUGCCUUUUAUUCUGGUAGGAGCCACCAUAAUUUUUCUUGUGACAAAAAUUCUACUAAAACACCUUGCAAGUUACAAGAUCCCUCUCCCUCCAGGCCCCAGAGCUAUUCCUGUGAUUGGUCACCUUCACCUUCUCAGAGAUAAAAGUAGGCCAACUCACCAGAUUCUAACUUCACUCUCAUCGAUCUACGGGCUUAUUAUGCAUCUCAAAUUUGGUAGCCGUCCUGUUUUAGUGAUAAGUUCUUCAGAUUUAGCCAAAGAAUGUUUAGCAGUAAAUGAUAAGUCUUUUGCUUCCCGCCCUGAGAUUACACAAGCCAAGCAUUUCUACAAUUAUUCUAUUCUGGGUUGGGCUCCUUAUGGCCCCCAUUGGCGAAACGCUAGGAAAAUCUGUGUACUCGAGGUCCUGUCUUCCAAAAGAAUCCAAUCAUUUAGACCCAAGAGAAUGAAAGAGAUUUCUAAGGCAGUAAACUCUAUGUUUCAACAAUCACAGUUGGAGGGUAUUGUGAAUAUGAGAAAUUUUUUGCCCCAAAUGACUUUUAAAAUGCUGAUGGCCAUGAUCAUAGAUGACAGGUAUUUUGGAGAGGACCUGGGGAUUUCGAUAGAUUUGUUUAUCCAUCUGAUUGAAGAGUCAUUUAUCCUGAAAGGAGCUAUUUGUAUUGGGGAUUAUAUUCCCUGGUUGAAGUGGUUUGAUUUGCAAGGGUAUGAGAAGAUUAUGAAGAAAGUACAGAAGAAAUUAGACUUGUAUAUGCAGAGAAUAUUGGAGAAGCACAGGGAGAAAGGAUCAAAAGACGAUGGAGAGAUGGAAGACUUUGUUAGUGUGCUGAUCUCACAAGCAGAGGAGAACGGCGAAGCAAUUACUGAUAAAGAUGAAUUUGUUAAGGCAACUAGUAUUGCUAUGUUAAAUGGAGGGUCUGGUACAUCUUCAGGUACUGUUGAGUGGGCAUUGUCAAUGUUGUUGCAACAUCCCCAGGUAAUGAAAAAGGCACAAGAGGAGCUUGAUUCUAAAGUUGGACGAAACAGAUUGGUGGAGGAAUCAGACAUACCCCAGUUGACAUACCUGCAAGCAAUUAUUAAAGAGACUCUGCGUCUUCAUCCAUCAUCGCCUAUGCUGAUGCCGCACAAAUCUAUUGAGGAUUGCACAAUAGGAGGGUAUCAUAUUCCUGCAGGAACAAUGCUGAUUGUAAAUGCAUGGGCAAUUCAUAGGGAUCCAAAAGUGUGGAAUAAGCCACUGGAAUUCAUGCCAGAGCGUUUUAUGGAGAAGGAAUUUGAGAUAUAUAACAGGCAAAUGAGAGGGAAUGACUUUAAGAUGAUUCCUUUUGGGGCGGGGAGAAGAUCAUGUCCAGGUGCUUCUUUGGCGAUGUGUGUGAUAGAAACAACUCUGGCAAGUUUGUUGCAGAGCUUUGAUUGGUUUGUUCCAGAUGGAAGAACCAUUGACAUGAAUGAAAGGAUUGGUUUGACAAUGCCAAGGGCAACGCCUCUGGAGGUUACCAUCAAGCCUCGUCUUUCCCACCAUCUAUACCAGCAAGAGGUCUAGUUAUAGACCGUUGAAUUCCUCUGUUUCUGUUUAUAGUCUGUAUGCAGAAUAAAUAUCAUGCUCAUAUGGUUGGGGGCACAAAUAAUUGAUCAGCUUCAGCUUAAUGUGAUGGUAAAUGAGAUCCAUCCCUGCUUUAGAUUAAAAAGAUUUCCCAGAGAAAACAUACUCUCAAUUUUUUUCUGGAAAAACUUUGUAGAGGCUAAUGAAGCUUACCAUGUUAUUGCUUCAAGAUACUAUUACAAAUACCAGUAAUAUCAUAAUAUGCAAUGUAAAUAGUUUUGGGUUUCUAUGUAUUUAAACGUUAGGGAU